CUUUACUUCAAUCAUUCCAGCUUCAUGGUCAAUUGGUCCAAGUCAAUACUAUGAGCGCCGUUCAGCCUCAAUCGGGCCUGGUUCUUGCCGCCCGCUAUGCGGUUCCUUUUGUUUUACUCUCAAUACCUGUAUGGAUGAAUCGGGUCAAUGCCGUGGUUCCGGAGCCAUAUCUGGAUGAAGCUUUCCAUAUUCCUCAAGCUCAAGCAUAUUGGCAUCACAAGUGGACGCACUGGGACCCGAAAAUCACUACGCCCCCUGGACUCUACCUCUGGUCGUAUCUUCUUUGCGCUUGCGCGCUUUUGCUUCGAGGUUCCCUGACGGAGCUCAAUGCGGAAGCACUCCGUUCAACCAACGUUGCAGCCGCCACCAUCUUCCUGCCCUUGAGAUUACAGACCUUGCUCGAUAGUCUACGCAAAGAACGCAAUACCCGUCCAUCCGGCGCAUGGCUAAGCCACACUGUGCUGAAUAUCUGUCUCUUUCCGCCGUUGUUCUUCUUCUCGGGCCUCUACUAUACCGAUAUCCUUGCCCUGUUGGUCGUAAUUGAAGCGUACAACUGGGACCUUAAACGAUCGACUCCAAAUGCCUCCGCUGGCCAGACUUUUGUGUUCAUCCUUCUGGGGGUGGCUGCGCUAGCCUUUAGACAGACCAACAUCUUCUGGGUCUCGAUUUUCUUCGGCGGAUUGCAGGUCAUCCGGACAUUGCGGACUUCGGCCAAGACAUGUCAGUCAUCGAAUCUUGCGGAUAUUGCCAAAGGAGGCUUCAAGAAUGAAUUGUAUGACCCUCAGGUAUCAGAGGCUUCGUUGGCAGAUUAUUUUAAAACUGCCGUUUCCCUCUGUUCUGCUGCGCUUGGUAACUUGGGACAGGUUGUUAUCUCCUCAAUCCCAUAUGUUGUCAUUCUUAUGGCCUUCGGAGGUUUUGUGUUGUGGAAUAAUGGGGUUGUCCUGGGACACAAAGAAUUCCAUACUGCGGGCUUGCAUCUGCCUCAGAUGCUAUAUAUCUGGCCUUAUAUCUUUUUCUUCUCGUGGCCUAUCCUGAUUUCACCGGUUGCAAAUAUGAUCCUACCCAAAAUCUCUCUGCCCAAGUUCAUGCACUAUGGCUUUUCCGAGAAGCAGACGGGUCUCCCCAAAAUUUUGACAUUUCUCACGAUCGUCCCUGUUAUGCUGGCCACCGUUCACUACAACACUAUCGUCCACCCCUUCACACUCGCCGACAACCGUCACUAUGUCUUCUACGUCUUUCGCAUUCUUCUUCGGACUCAUCCAGCUGUCAAAUAUGCCGCGACUAUUAUUUACUUCCUCUGCGGUUGGGCGGUUGUUUCCGCCUUUGGCUUCUCGACUACUGCACCGCCGCCUCGAUUCGUCCAAGCUCCACAGCCCACGCCGGCCUCCCAGCCAUCUGUUCCGAAAGGUCAAAAAGCCCAAAAACAGAGCGACAGCAAGAAGAAGCCUUCUAGGAAAGUCACUCAGCCUCCCAAAACCCAGCAGUUAACACCGGAAGCCUUCGCGAGAAUCCAAGAGGCGAUCAAGCAACGCCAGCUGCAGCAACCGAAUGCGCCGCGAGUCAGCUUUGUCCUUGUCUGGCUUGCCGCCACGGCUCUCUCACUUAUCACUGCGCCGCUGGUUGAGCCACGAUACUUCAUAAUCCCCUGGGUAAUGUGGCGACUGCAUCUCCCCCGGCAGCCCACGCCGCUUGUUUACCGGGAGCAGCGUCCUCAGAAUGCGAAAGAAGCGCUCCAUGCGAAGAUCGCCACCAACUUCCCACUAUUCGUGGAAACCUUCUGGUUCCUGGUCAUCAACGCUGUGACCGGAUACAUUUUCCUCUACAAGGGUUUCGAGUGGCCCCAGGAGCCUGGCAAGAUCCAACGAAGGCCCGAACGAACAACAAUGGCUGGCGAUCAGCCCGCAAAGCGCAUCAAACUAUCCUCUAGCACCCCCGUAGAACCCGACAAUAACGAAUCCUUAAAGCAGAGCCCCCCCAUCCAAGGGGGACUAGCAUCACUCCACCGAUCCAUCACGCCCCCAUCUCCACCAUCCCGGAGAUCCCAAAGGAGAUCCCAAUCGCAGUCUGUGCCGGCUGCUCAGCCUACAGAAGAAAGCAACCCAAAACAGCGUGUGCUACCCUCCCCAUUCCAGCUCACGCAUAUCCGCGACCUCGCCGCGUCUUCAGACAACAACGUAGACACGGUGCGACUGCGCGAUGUGCUCGGGGAUCCGCUGAUCCGCGAAUGCUGGCAGUUCAACUACCUGCACGAUGUGGAUUUCAUCAUGAGCCAGUUCGACGAGGAUGUGCGGCGUCUGGUGAAGGUGAAGGUUGUGCAUGGGUCUUGGAAACGGGAUGCGCCGAAUCGGGUGCGCAUCGAUGAGGCGUGUUCGCGAUACCCGAAUGUGGAGGCUAUUGUGGCGUAUAUGCCGGAGGCCUUUGGUACGCAUCAUUCGAAGAUGAUGGUUCUGCUGAGACAUGAUGAUCUGGCGCAGGUCGUCGUUCAUACAGCGAAUAUGAUCCCCGGUGACUGGGCUAAUAUGUCUCAGGCGGUUUGGAGGUCGCCUCUACUGCCGCUGCUAAAGACGGAUGGUCUGGAAAAAGAAGACCUAGCCUUGGGUAGCGGUGCACGGUUUAAGAGAGACCUACUGGCUUAUCUGGGUGAGUAUGGGCCGAAAAAGACAGGCCCGCUGGUCAACCAGCUUAGGAAGUACGACUUUGGAGCUAUUCGUGCCGCACUGGUAGCUAGUGUGCCGUCGAAGCAGAAGAUCAACGAUCUCGACUCGCAGAAGAAGACGCUCUGGGGUUGGCCUGCGUUGAAGGAUAUCACAAGCCGCAUCUCUCCGGCUCAGAAUAGCAGUAAAGCUACUACACCACAUAUUGUUACUCAGAUAUCCUCCGUUGCUACACUGGGCCAGACAGAUAAGUGGCUGAAAGAUGUCCUGUUUGCAUCCCUUUCGCCAGCAUCGGCAUCCAAGUACUCUAUCAUUUUCCCUACGGCUGACGAAAUCCGCCGUUCCCUGAACGGCUACGGCUCCGGGGGGUCAAUCCACAUGAAACUGCAAAGCGGAGCGCAGCAAAAACAACUGCAGUACAUGCGGCCGUACCUUCGACACUGGGCGGGUGAUUAUGACGCGGCAGAGCCGAGUCCUACAUCCAAACAAGACGCAGGCCGUCGUCGAGCCGCGCCACAUAUCAAAACAUAUAUUCGGUUCUCUGAUGCUGAGAAAAUGGACACCAUCGACUGGGCAAUGGUCACCUCAGCGAACCUCUCUACACAGGCAUGGGGAGCAGCCGUCAACACUGCAGGGGAGGUACGGAUCUGCAGCUGGGAGAUAGGGGUCAUGGUAUGGCCGCAACUAUACGUGGAGGACGCCGAGUCCGCCACCAUGGUCCCCAGUUUCAAACGCGACACUCCCGAAUCUCUUGCAAACAAAGACAACGCACAAACAACAGACACAGUAAUCGGCCUGCGCAUGCCCUACGACCUCCCCCUAACACCCUACACAGCUCACGACAUGCCCUGGUGCGCAACAGCGCAACACUCCGAACCCGACUGGCUCGGCCAGACAUGGACACUCGACUAG